AUGUUUCUUGUACUUAAUGAACUCAAGAAUGUAGGUGAAGAUAGACUCGCAAACUUCAACGCUUUGAAAUCAAUUAUAACGGAUAAUGAGAUAAGAAUUAAUGAAAAGAAUCAACCCAGAAGAACAGCACAGAACGUUGCAAACUUCAUUUUCGUAACUAAUAACGUUUACCCUGUCAAAAUUGAAGUUGGAGACAGAAGAUAUGUAGUUUUAAGGGUUAAUGGUAAAUUUAAGGGUCAAUUUGAUUACUUCAAGAAUUUAAUGGAUUCAUGCACAAAGGAAUUUUAUGAUAAUUUACUAACAUAUUUUAUCAAUUACGACCUUUCAUCAUUUAAUGUACGAAUUAUACCGAUGACUGAAGCCAAACAAGAUUUAAUAGAAUUAUCAACAAAUCCUUUAGAUGAAUGGAUAAAUACACAUUAUGAUGAAUUGUGUGCAGGUAUGACGUGUAAAAAUGCUCUAUUCUGCAAACCAUCAGACAUGAAAGACAAAAAUUUCCAAAUGAGCAUUAAGGAUAAAUGUGAAAGGAAACAUAGAAGAAUAGAUGGUAAACAGACGUGGUGUUAUGUUUUGAAAGAAGAAAUGAAAGGAUUAUAUAAACAAAUUGAACCAAACGAUAAUGAGGAUUCAUUUACUGACGAUGAAAUACCUGUAAAUGAGCCGCUAAGCGGCGAGACCUGA